UAUUUAGCAAAGUGAUGGACGUUCAUUAAAAAACCUAAAGAGGCUACAAGAUAAAGCUUGAAUUCUUCACGACUCUGCGUGCAAGAUAUGAUAGUAUGGUAACAGUCAUUCCUGAUGUAAAGGUUAAAGUGAACGAGUUCAUAAUCCAGUGGUUAUCUCAAGACAAGGUAUUCGACCAGCUCAGCGAUGACCUGAGCUGCAUCCUUAAUGGCAAAGUCCCUGAUGUGGUGCCAACUAAACUCAUAAAUAACAGAUCUCUUUCACCGCCCCAUCACAAACACCCUGCGUCACCAAGAAGCAGUCCCCGAGUACCCGGCUCUCCUAACCGGGGAUCAGCCGCCAGAACUAAAUCUAACCGCACACCCUCCCCUGCUCAUGAGAUCAAGAAAUCAUCUCCCUCAAUCAGCAACAAGCUCAAAAGACCUCAAGAAAUAAUCCCACAGUUCUACUUCCCCAUGGGAAAACCCUCUACUCCACCUCAAAGGGUUGACGAUUCUCGGCUGUCUAAAAUAAAAGAUUUGUUUGAAGAGUGUAAAGACGGUCUAAUGGCGCCGAGAGACUUUGGCAGUGUGACAAAAGCCGCUGAAUUACCGCUCUAUUGGAAGUGCCCGCUGUUCGAGGCCUGCUCAAGUUCUGAUACUUGCUCUUACCAACAGUUUCUGCAGGUGUACGAAUACCUGGAGUCCUAUUGUCAUGACGAGGCCUCUAAGUUCCUGCGGGUACUGACCAAGGGAACCAGAUCCCACAUUAUAUGGGAGGAUUUUAACAACUUGAUACAAGACGUUAUAGACACCCAUCCUGGCAUGUCAUUCCUGGAUGAUGCCCCAGAAUUCCAUGCUAGGUACAUAGAGACGGUAACAGGUCGCAUAAUGUACACAGUUAACCGGUCCUGGAGCUCCAAGAUAACAAUUACUGAACUCAGGGAAUCCAACUUUCUUAAAGUUCUCGCUUCUCUUGAGGACGAGCCUGAUAUUAAUCAGGUUUCAGACUACUUCUCCUACGAGCACUUCUACGUUAUCUACUGUAAGUUCUGGGAGAUAGACACAGACCACGACCUCAUAGUCAGCCUGGAUGACGUUAUGAGACACGCUGACGGUACUGUUAAUCCCCGGGCUUUGGAACGGCUCUUUGAGGGAACGGUGACGUACAAUAAAACUGAGACCUUGACCUACUUUGAUUUUAUCCGGUUUCUACUCGCGGAGGAGGACAAGUCCCACCCAACAGCCAUAGAAUACUGGUUCAGAAUAAUGGAUCUGGACGGGGAUGGCUUUAUUUCGCUCUUCGAGCUAGAAUACUUUUAUCAGGCACAGUUAGAGAAAAUGCGGCUGUUAGGAGUGGAGGAGUGCUCAGUGUUAGACUGUAUUUGUCAAGCUUUAGAUCUUGUCCGGCCUAAAGAGGAGACUAAAAUCACCCUGACUGACAUCAAGAAGUGCAAGCAACCCUCACUGUUCUUUAAUAUCUUCCUCAACAUACAGAAGUUCCUAGAUCACGAACUGAAAGAUCCGUUUAGCAACAAGGAUGGAGAGGUACCGCUGACGGACUGGGAGAAGUUUGCAGCUCGCGAGUACGAGGAUCUAAUUGCGGAUGAGGAGCUCAACAAACAGUACGAGUAUGAGGAUGACUUUGAGGAUGAAGAUGAGGAGAUCCCAAUGAUGGGAAACGUGGUAGCGAAAUCAGCUGUAGAGACUUACGGUAAAUGACUGGUAAAUGACUGAUAAAUGACUGGGUAGUAAACUAUUAAAUGACUGGCUAGAUAAUAUAGAAGAGGAAGUUAUGAGUAGAAGAAAACUAUCCGUAUGCAGUUUGACAUUGGCAUGAUUUUAAGUUACAUUUGUUUCGCAAUAUUACAUUUUUAUUGAGCCCACCACCAUCUGCUAGCCCAUAAUUGUAAUGCAUUCAGCCGACCAGAAAUACAGAAUAUUAUAAAUAGAUCUGUGUACCGGUAGGGAGGUGAACUAUAAUUAUUUCCUGACACGAGACAGCAUCUAACCAAUCAGCUUCCAGCGUUGACCAAUCGCAGCCCAGAAUCACUGUCACGUGUCAAAUAAACAUGGUUCGCCUCCCCUCCUACACCAGUAUUCGAAUCUAUACAAUUCUUGAUAUUUAUUUAGUCAUAGGUAAUCAGGAUUAAAUUUAUUUGCUAAAUUUAUACAGUUUUAAUGAGCAAUUAAACGUAUAAUUUGUUGACAAGAUGCUCGCCAGAUUGUCCGCUAGGCUUGCCACUGAAGGACUAAAAAAUAGCUAAGUUUUUGAUUUCUAAAUUAUCAUUCUGCGUCUCUAACCUCACGAUGUAAAGUUAUGGAUGUAAAUAUUUGCCAUUCAUUGAUGCGGUUGUGAUCAAAAGAUGCACUCAUAAGACCACCAACUGCUUUCUCUAAACAACCGCUAAACAAUCUAGUUUUUAUCUAAACACAGUAAAAUAAAGCAUGUUAUGUUCGUUCAUUCGCUCGGUUCAACACGUAGAUAUUUCUUAGUUAUGAUACCUAUUAACUUUAAUGUUUACGAAGUGUUUUCUAUUUUCUAGGUCGUGUUCCUUUUUACAAGUUUUUACAAUUAAUUGUAAACAUUAAUUAUUGUUUAGCUUAUGAGCUAAGCUCAAAGGGAUGGUUUUAUAUUUAUAUGCAAGUUGAAUGAUAUAGUACUGUGCUAUUUGCUUAUUUGAUAUUUUAGUUGCAUUGAA